AUGGAGCAGCAGCAACAAAAGGCCCCCGCCGACAUCAAGCAGGUCGCGCAGUUCCUCCGCAGCGGGAGCGCCGGCGUGAAGGUGCGCGUAGGCACGCUCAAUGGCAAGCGCUUCGACUACUUCAAGGCCAAGUCUGCGAUCAAGGCCCUCAACUCACCCGCGUACGCGAAGCAGAAGAACGUGCCAAAAGUGACAAAUGAGGCGGAGGCGCUCGACGUGCUCAAGCGCGUCAACCAGUUCGCCUUUUUCCUCCGCGUGCAGCGCGGCGCGCCCUCCGGAUCGUCGUCCUCCUCCCCAAAGGCCCUGCAGAUCAUCCCCGAGCAGAUGGUCGCGGCGGACGAAUACUACGCGUGGUUCUACGACGGCCCGCAGUGGAUGAACUACCUGAUGGGCAUCGGGCUCGUCGUCUGCAUGUUCGGCGGUGUGCUGUUCCCAUUGUGGCCCCCUUCACUGCGCCUCGGCGUCUACUACCUCAGCAUGGGCGCGCUCGGCCUGCUGGGUCUCUUUUUCGCCAUCGCUAUCGUCCGCCUCAUCUUCUACAUCAUCACCAUCAUUGUCGCGAGCCCCGGCAUCUGGAUCUUCCCCAAGCUAUUCGCAGACGUGGGCUUUGUCGAGUCUUUCAUUCCCCUCUGGGAGUGGGACCUGCCGAAGAAGAAGAAGAGCAAGAAGGAGAAGGGUGAGAAGAGCGGCAAGAAGAAGGGCAAGGAGGGGAAGAGCAAGGAGAAGGCCGGCCUCCCUGCGGGCGACGCGCCGGAAGCUGCCCCCGCGCCGGUCGCUGAAGCCAAGAUUGAGGAGGUGGAAGACUCUGGGCUCUCGCGGCCGUCUAGCGCACAGGAGGAGCUGUAGUGCACGUUGUCCGAUUUGCUAUGACCUAUAUGCUUUGCGUAUUGUAUGUGCGAUGUUCAG